UUGAUUUAAAAUUGAGGUUAGGAUUGAAUCAAAUAAGUUUUUGAUAGUGUUCUCCAGUCCUUUUCUAUUCUACCUACUUUGAAAGUUAAAUACCAUGUGUUGUAUAAAUAUAACUGCUUUCAUUUCCCCGCGUUACUAAUUAAUAUAAAUUAUUGUAAGCUAUGGAAGUCGAUCCAAUUGAUGUUCAGGAUGUUCCUGACGUUCAAAAAAACAAUAUAGGUAAACUUCAACUGAAGCAGGAAGUACGCAAGGUAUUUGUUCCACGAUCGAGACAAUCCGCAUUGAAGGAGCAAUGGUUAAACAUUUUUACACCCGUUGUCGAGCAGCUACUUCUGCAGAUUAGGUAUAACGUCAAAACUAAACAAGUGGAAAUUCGACUUGGUCCCGAAAUGCAAGAUCCAGCAAACCUUCAAAAAGGAACAGAUUUCGUACGUGCGUUUAUUCUAGGUUUUGAAAUUGAAGACGCACUUGCGCUAUUAAGGCUUGACGAUCUUUUCAUAGAAUCUUUCGAAAUAAACGACGUAAAAGUCUUGAAAGGUGAUCACUUGACUCGAGCGAUUGGUCGACUCGCAGGUAAAGGAGGAAGAACCAGAUUUACGCUGGAGAAUGCCACUAAAACACGCAUUGUUCUGCAGAACUCGAAGGUUCACAUUCUUGGAAAUUACAAAAACAUACAAUUUGCUAAACGCGCUAUAAGCCAUUUGAUAUUAGGAUCGCCGGCCAGUAAAGUUUGUGGAAAUUUACGAAGCGCAGCAAAUAAUUUACAUUAACGGCCACCGUGAUUUAUUUUUCUAAAAUAAAAGUUCAUCUAUUUUAUUUCCAGGAAAAUGAUGUUUAAUUUUGCAACAAAUACUUUAAAAA